CUCCACAGCUCGGGUGUUUGUUUAGCCAAGAGCGGCAGCAGUAGAGAAGAGGAUUAUGGUAUUACGGCCAGUGUCGUUGGUCAUGUGAGCUGGCGGGGGCGACACUGACCCUGCUUACCUUCUCUUGCUUAUCUAUGCCCUCGCAAAUCCAACAGGAUCGCUUGAAUUUCCUACAUGGACGAGUGAAGAAUAAAACAAAAGACAGAGGAAUUAAACAUCUUGAUGUCAGGAGCAGGGAGUCCGACGGUGUCCACACUGUGAGGAGUAAAUACAGGAACAACUCCGGCCUCGGAACAUGAUCGGCUGUGAAGGCCUGACCGGGUGAGAGCCUGAGAGGAGGCCGCUCCAAUGGCGUGGAUCGAGCCCCGAUCGCGUCCAGACGCAGAGCGAGAAGGACAGCUGACACCUUACAAUCUCAGGACUCAAAUAUCCGCACAAGCAUAUUCAUCAACCAUUCCUCAGGUCCAGCCUUCAAUUUUAGCACCCGUCCUCAUCCUGCUGCUCACUGCCUUUGCAGACCUCUGUGUAGCUGGUCCACCCCAGCCAGCCCGGCCCCCUCUCCUGUCUGGACAGCCUUUCAUCAUCUUUUGGGGCAUCCCCAACUCUGCCUGCUCUGGUAGGACAGAUCCCAGAUCUUUUGGGAUGGAGCAGGAGGGCCGGGUGGCUCUCUUUUACGAGGACAUGCUGGGGAACUACCCGUAUUUUGUAGACAAAGACACUCCGGUUAAUGGGGGGCUACCGCAGCACACGCGACUUGAUAACCACCUCCAGAAGACACAGCUGGACUUGGAAGCAGCUUUACCUGCACCGAGGUAUCUUGGGUUGGGGGUGCUGCGCUGGGCAGAGUGGUCCCCCCAGUGGUUCAGGAACAGAGAGAAGCAAAUUAUGUAUCUGGAAGCAUCGAGGAACCUGCUGAAGAAUUUCUUCCCUAGCUGGACUCCGGAGGAGGUGGAGAAGUGGUCUCAGGUGGACUUCGAGGCAGCCGCCCAGGCAGUAAUGAUGGAGACGCUACGGGAGGCCAAAAGAUUACGGCCCAAAGCAUUAUGGGGUGUCUCACCUUACCCCAGCUGCUACAACGGCAACCCUGCCCAAACCAUGCUCACCAAUUACACCGGCCAGUGCCCUGCUGCAGAGAUGGCCCUUAACGACGAGCUUCUGUGGCUCUGGAAACGAAGCUCCGCCCUCUACCCGCUCCUCACUCUGGAGAAGCUGCAGGGCGGGACCUCAGGAGCCAGACUUUAUUUAUCCAGUCAAGUAAGAGAAGCACUGCGAGUAUCAUCUCUGACUGGGACGGCGUUUGAUCUUCCUGUAUUCCCACUGGUCAAGAGCGUCUACACCUCAACUAAUACCUUCCUCUCACAGACAGACCUGGUCAACACCAUAGGAGAAAGUGCUGCAUUGGGAACAGCUGGAGUUGUCAUCUGGGAGAGAAAUGAGACUAAAACAGAGAGAGAGUGCCAGGACCUGGCAGAGUUCGUCCGCCAGGUCCUCGGACCAUAUUCCAUCAAUGUAACCACGGCAACUCGGCUUUGCUCAGCUUCUCUGUGCCAGGGAAAGGGCCGAUGUGUGCGUCAAAAACCAGAAAGCUCCGCCUACCUCCACCUCCAGCCCCCAUCUGAAGUAGUUGAGAAGGUGACGGAAAAGGCAGAGGCAGCAAAAGCCACAGACCAGCCAGACACAGACACUAAACCAGCUGAACCAGACCCAGCUGAGAUAUGGAAGAAAGAUUUCCAGUGCCAGUGGUACAAGACCGCAGACGGAGACGUCUCCGACCAACAGCCCCCCAAAGACGGAACGUCUUUUGGGGGAACAGUAGAAGUGAACACUGUAGAAGUUGUGGGAACUACUACAACAGCAUCUACAACAGCAUCUACAACAGCAUCUACAAUAGCUUCUACAAUGAAAGGUGCCCCUGUGACUGAGUCAAGCAGUUCACUGAGCAGUUCAGUGGAUACUGUGAGUCCAUCGCCUUCACUGGAGGUACCUACAGACGGUGGUACGAAUCCCCCGAGUGCCCCUCACCUGACUGUUCUGCUGCUGCUGGUGAUUGGACGUCUGUGCCUGGAACCUUAAAAUGUGAAAUAAACCUGCCUUCACCUGGAAGGUCUGGGCUAUAACAGCCCUUCUUAAGUGCCCUUGAGCAAGACACUGAAUCCCUGCUUUGCUGCAGAUGUGCUGCUUUGUAGCUGAACAUGACCUUAGAGCAUCAAAAGAAAAAAACACUAUGUCCAGUCCUUAUCACUGGAUGUGCCAAGAGACAGUGGUAUAAAUACUGGCUGUAUUUUAAACCUUUUCUCUGAAAGGAGAAAGAACGUUCCAGAUCAUUGUUAUUUUGAUUAUGAUUAUUAUUGUCAUGUCAAAACACCAGUCUUCCAACCACAAAUACAUGAAAACAGUCUGUAAAACUGUAAAAAAAAAAAAGGUUCUUUCUUUAUUAUUCAGUGCACUUAUGUGGAAAUGAUUUCUUCAUUAUAAGGCCAUUAUUUACAAAUCCACAUUUCAAAAGGACUAUUUCUCUGAAAUUUAUUCAUUUAAGAUCAAAACCACUGACAAUGAAGAGUGUAAAUGAUCCAGAUUAACACAGAAUAUUCAUAAAUCCCUUUUCAAUUCUUUGAGCAUUACAAGUAAAUUACAUUCCCUUUUAUUUUACUGAAGUUUCAGCAAAAAUAAUUUAAAAAAACAGAUUAAAACUGGAUAAAUUAAAACCAAAACUAAAAUGGCACUCAGUGAGCGCAUACCUCUGCCAAGGCCCAACAAUCCUACACAUGAUUGUGAUUGAUACUAACUUAUCUUUUUGUCAUUAAAAAUUAAAAGAAAGUUGAAAAAAAGACCAUCUGCAUCUACACCCGUCCCUCCACUACAUUUGGCGGAAACUUGUUGAGUAGUUUUUGUGUAAUCCUGCUAAUAAAUAAACCAAGAAACAAACAAUCAGACGCAGGUGAAAACAUACAAACACACGAGGUAAAUGGUAACUGACUGCAUUGGUUUGUAAUUUGGGUGAAGUGACGUACCUGACUGACCUUGAAGAGCCGUUGCAAAUAUUUUCAUUUGUGCUUUAAUUUAGAGUUAAACGUUUAAUAGACAGAUCUCUAUGUGAGAUUUCAAUCAAAGAGAAUUUGUGUAAAUUUUGGCGUACAAAUAUUUCAUAUUCUCAAAAACACCCUUUGGUGUAAUUUAUCACCAUAAGGUAAAUGACUGUAAGAGGCAUAUGUGCUGAGCUGCAGCACAAAUGAUCAGAGAUAUCUGGCUCCAUUCAACACAGUCCUCUCUGAAAUGUCACAGUCGGAAAAGCACGGACGUAAACAAUGAAAUGAAAAAUGGCUGGAUUCCAUUUAGCUGCUUGCGGCUCAGGGAGCUGGUGCUGUGCAUGCUGGCUCACUGUCACGGCUUACUGGGGCAUUUUAAUAGCAAACACCCAUCAAUAAUGCUAUCAGUGACACCGGUGCUCUUCCUACAAUGGUAAGUCAAAGGGUCUGAGUCCCACCAGCAAGUAAUGAAGGCUCCUUUAUGUACUGUAUAAUGUUGGCUAAUGGCUAUGAAUGCAGUAUCUGUUCUUUCGAAGGACAUACCUCUGAACAUAAAGAAAAAAAACACAUAAGUCUGCAUUAUUUAUGUAAAUAUAUUUUUAUAAGUCUGUGUUGUUUAUAUCUUGUUUCUUUCUCAUCCACAUCCUGCAGUGCUCCCUGAGGCAGAAUAUCGUACAAAAGACUCAAAUGUUUGUUUUUGCAGCUCAUGUAAAUUUAUUUGUUAUUUUUCAUUAAAAUAUACACUCAA